AUGACAGGGAACUCAAGUGAACUUGUCGAUGUAGCUACAAGGCCCGGAUACUGCCCAGAGUUGGCCGGCCAUUUCUUACCUGGAGUUGCAAAAGACCGAAUUAUUCUGUAUUUUGGAAAGCUCAUGCCCGCUACUGAGAAGGGACUGGAUUUGAGUUAUUGGAAACAAAUGUUUGAUGAAUACUAUGUUCCCACUGGCACAAUGCGCAUGCUUAUGAUGAAUGAAGAUACAAAGCAAAGGCAAAAAUUCGACAUCGCAUGCGAAUUUCUACCAUACUUUUUCUCGUCUUGCGCAACUCACAGCAUGCGUGUGAUGCGUAUGCAAUUUACAGAAAUGCGUGAGUAUGCUUGUGACCCAUCACAUCCACCACCACCGCCCCAAGGCUCGUAUGAGUCGAGCUUUCCUGAACCCUGUGUGGACAAACACACCACCCACAUUGUGGAAUCAAACCAUAUGUUGCUUAUGAUUGUAUAUGAAAAUGGGUGGCAGUGCCAUAUGGUCGGCAUGUUUCGUGCUCUCUUGACACCUUAUACCAAAGUACAAUAUGUACCAGCUCCCCCAGGUGUCCGCGGAAAUGCUGAUGGACUCGUCGCUCGACUACACACGAACCUGCGAAUACAGUACCUUUGCUUCAGUACGCUAGCGAAGCGAAUGUAUGUACCAUUUGAUGAAAUGAUGGGGUAUCUUGAAACGCGAGAGAUACCUCCAAAAGUUGUGGAACAAAUCUUAGAAUAUGGCAAAACUAUGAAACGAGACAAAGAUUCUUCCGAGUCCAGCUCCGACGAACGUCCCUCAAAAAAGAUUCGCAUGGACUCGCCUCAGCUUUCAAAUGGACAAGACAAUGCAUGGCAUCUUAGUUUGCCUUUAAUGUAUUCUUACUCUGAUCGCGAGUCUUGUUGCGAACCUCUGCCGCAGUUCUUCCUUCCCAGACCGCGACUCAGCUCGCUCAGAGUCCUUGACGGCCAUGGAUUUCCACCAGAGAUGGUCCCUUUUGUGAAUGUUCGUAUUUCAGGUUGCUCUUUAUCAUAUAUGCUAACUGUCAUCCCUCACCCUUGUCCAGAUGCUUGA